GCCAUUUGUAGUCCAGUGCAAACAAUGAAGUAGCCAAGGCGCGAAUGAGAGAGUUACUGGAGGAGGACGUGUUGCAGCAGAGAUACAACUGACUUUUUAAAGUGCAGCACUUAACAAUACCCGGAUCAAAUUCACGCUGGAGAACUGGUGCUGGUGGGGAUUGGCAUCAAAAAUCGACCUGAACAGUUUAUUUAUUUGCACAGCUGAAGAAACUCAGAGCUCAGGAGCAGGACACCAGGAAGCUGCUGCGAAUACUGGUACCGUUAGCUCCCAGUGUUUGUGGGGUCUGGUUGCAGGAUCCUAGUCCUGAUUGAGUUUGGGUGGCGACCUUUUCCCUGGAGGAUCAGAGCCCUGGGCUGACGGAGAUGUGGUGGUUCCAGCAGGGGAUGAGCUUCCUUCCGGCCGCGUUGGUCAUCUGGUCAGGAGCUGCCUUUGUCUUCUCCUUCAUCACGGCUGUCAUGCUGCAUCACGUUGACCCGUUGGUGCCGUACAUCAGUGACACUGGGACAUCUCCGCCUGAACGCUGCUUGUUUGGGAUCAUGUUGACUAUUUCUGCAUUCCUGGGUGUCGGAACGAUGUAUGUGCGAUACAAACAGGUGGAGGCUUUGAACCGGGGGGAAGUCACCAUUUUCAGACUGAAUCGGAUAGGCCUUGCCCUGGGUCUGGUCAGCUGCCUGGGACUCUGCAUAGUGGCAAACUUCCAGAAGACCACGUUAAUUCAAGCCCACGUCGCUGGUGCCGUGUUGACCUUUGGGAUGGGAAUCAUCUACCUCCUGCUCCACACCAUUAUAUCCUACAAGAUGCAGCCUGCUAUCCAUGGAAUAGGAAUCUUCCGGAUCCGGUGUGUGCUCCUAAUCUGGUGUGCAGCAAGCAUCCUCAGCAUGUUUGUUUCCUCUGUAACUCUCUACACUACAAUCCCUACCAUUGAGAUGGCAAUGAAGUUACAUUGGAACCCUUCAGAAAAGGGUUACACAUUGCACUUGGUCAGUACCAUCUCUGAAUGGUCCCUCGCCUUCUCCUUCCUCAGUUUCUUCCUGACUUACAUCCGGGAUUUUCAGAAGAUCACCCUGCACACUGAAGUGAAUUUGUACAGCGACACUCUUCACGACACAUUUCAUGGACUAGAGCGCAACGGAGAGCGCAGUGCACUGCUGGCGGGGAGCUUGUGAACACAAUACCACCCCCUCUCCAAGCCCUCCUCCAAGCCACCCCCCAUCUCCUCCUCGGGAUCGAAUUUUUUAAUGCAGUUCUGCCACAAGUCCACUUAUGAUGUGUAUGGAACCUCCCCUCCAAUUUUAUACAAUGUUAACAAGACAGAUUACAAUUUAAUUAUGAACUGAAUGUAAUAAUCACUAUUUUGCUGAUGUUUUUAACCGUCCUUUCUGGAAGUCCGUUGAGCAGAGGCACGGUGACUUCACCAAUGCUGGUCGACCCAAAUUCAAGAGCAAGACCAAAGAAUAUUUUAAGGUUUUGAAGGGGCAGCAGGUCAGUAAUUCUUCGGAAAACCGCUAACAGCACUUGGCAAGGUGAAUUGGCCUGACCUCCUGGUUUGGAAGGAGAAUUCUCUGGAUCACUUGCUUGACCAUCAGUAUGAAAUUGGGACAGAAUUUAUCAGCAUAGCUCCAGAUGCUCAACUGGAUUGAGACCGGCAGCUCAGGCUUUGUGUGUUGUCACGGAGAUGUGGUCUAACCUAUCGGUGUGUGAACUGCCAGAUUUGAUGUUCCAAUAGUCUGACUUUAAUAAAUAAUAAUUUGGUCAUUA